AUGGCGCACGGGCACGGCGAACCAGCGCAAGCCCUCCUCCACCUCCUCCGGCGCUCCUCCUCCACCUCGCUGCUCACACACCGGCCUCCCCACAUUGCCCUUGCCGCCGCCACGGCGCGCGUCCGCUCCGGGACGCUCAGCCCUGAGGACGCGCACAACCUGUUCGACGAAUUGCUGCUGCAGGCCACUCCAGUCCCGGAGCGCGCCCUCAACGGCUUUCUCGCCGCUCUCGUCCGCGCGCCGGCCUCCGCUGCCUGCAGCGACGGCCUCUCGCUCACCGUCGCCCUCUUCAGCCGCAUGUCCCGAGGCCAUGGCCCACCUGUGGCGUCGCCCACAGUCCACACAUACGGCAUCCUGCUCGACAACUCUUGCUGCCGCGCGCGGCACCCAGACCUAGCGCUUGCCUUCUUCUGCCGCUUCCUCAGGGCGGGACUCAAGGCAAAUAACCUUAUCGUCAACACCCUCCUCAAGGUCCUCUGCCAGGCAAAGCGGACAGAUGAGGCUGCGGACGUGCUGCUUCACAGGAUGCCGCAUCUGGGCUGCGUGCCUAAUGCCAUCUCAUACAACACGGUUUUCAAGGGUUUAUGUGAUGCUAGCAGGAGCCAGGAUGCACUCGACCUGCUCCGGAUGAUGGCAAAACAAGAAGCUGGCUGCUCCCCUGACGUGGUGUCAUAUACCACGGUUAUCCAUGGAUUCUUAAAGGAGGGUAAACUCAGCACGGCAAGCAACCUAUUCCAUGAAAUGGUGCAGCAGGGCGUUGUUCCUAAUGUGGUGACAUAUAGCUCGAUUAUUCAUGUGUUAUGCAAGCGUGGAAGAAGCAAAGAAGCUAGACAAAUUCUGGAUUGUGGGAUUCUCAAGGGCCUCAAACCUAAUAUCGUGGCAUACUCUACUAUGCUUCAUGGGUACGCUACACAAGGACGCCUUGUUGAUAUGAAUAAUCUCUACAACUUGAUAGUGGGAGAAGGUGUCGUACCUAACCAAUAUGUUUUCAACAUAUUGAUCAAUGCACAUGCUAAGUGUGGAUUGGUGGAUGAGACUUUUCUUAUCUUUCAAGACAUGCAGAAGCAGGGAGUCAAGCCGGAUGUGGUGACCUAUUUAGCCAUGAUAUAUGUGUAUUGCAGAAAGGGUAGGAUGAAUGAUGCUAUUCAACAAUUCAACCAGAUGAUUCAUAUGGGGGUACCACCGAAUAUACCGACUUACAGCUGCCUGAUUCAGGGUUAUUGUACACAUGGCGAUUUGGUGAGAGCUAAAGAAUUGCUUCAUGAAAUGAAGGAAAAAGGCAUCCCUUAUCCUGGCAUUAUGUUCUUCAACUCAAUAAUAAACAGCCUAUGCAAAGAAGGAAGGGUGACAGGUGCACAAGAUAUCUUUAACUUUAUGAUACAUAUAGGUGAGAAGCCCGAUGUUAUCACAUUCAAUUCACUGGUUGAUGGAUACUGCUUAGUUGGCAAGAUGCAGAAAGCAUCCAGAGUACAUGAUGAUAUGGUAUCGGUUGGCAUUGAGCCUGGUACAAUUACGUACAGUACACUUAUUGAUGGAUACUUUAAAGCUGGAAUGGUGGAUGCAGCGUUGACUCUGUUCAAAGAAAUGUCAGGUAUGUCAGCUAAACAGGAUACUCUUACUUAUAACAUCAUAAUGGAUGGAUUAUUCAAGGCUGGUAGAACCGUUGCUGCAAAGGAAAAAUUCCAUGAGAUGAUCAAAAGUGGAGUGAGAUUUUCCAUUGGUACAUACAAUGUAAUUCUCGGCGGGCUUUGCAAAAAUGGUUGUGCAGAUGAAGCAGUCAUGCUGUUCGACAAGUUGCGAGCAAUGAACCUUAAGUUUGAUAUUAGAACUCUCACUAUUAUAAUUGAUGCAAUGUUUAAAGUUGGAAGAAUAGAGCAAGCUAAGAUUUUGUUUGCUGCAAUACCAGUCAAGGGAUUGGUACCUGAUGUUAUAACCUACACCACGAUGAUGUCAAACCUUAUAGAAAAAGGAUUGGUAGAAGAAGCUGACAGUAUAUUUUCAUCAAUGGAGAGGAGUGGUUGUGCUUCCAACUCUCGUAUGCUAAAUAUUAUUAUCAGAAAGUUAUUGAAAAAAGGUGAAAUAGUCAGGGCCAUCAAUUAUAUUUCCCGAGUUGAUGGGAAAAGCAUGUCGCUUGAAGCUUCAACUAUUUCUCUGUUGAUCUCUCUCUUUUCAAGGAAAGGGAUAUACCAUAAACACAAAGAUUUGCUCCCAGAAAGGUAUCAAUUUUUGGAAGGAGACAUCCACAGUUGACAUGAUACAUUCUAUCUGAACUUAAACCCUCAAAAGG